UAUUUCUGUUCCACAGAUUCCCUUCCAUUUUCAUAAUGACCCUGAAGUGAGGAUAACUCCAGGCCAUGUACAUAGGCAACUUUGUACUACUGCUUCUCUUGUUGAUGCUGAUGGUGGACAACUCACUGACAUACGAUUCUGAGCAUGAUAACUGCACCACCAUUACUAUUGAAAGAGGUACAAAAUACUAUAAAAAUCUUGGUGACUCAGCCACUCUAGAGUGCCCGGUGACCUACUGCAACAAAAAGCCUGAAAUGAAUUGGUAUAUGUGGAACAAGAGCAAAAAGAAGUUCCAUAUUUUGUAUCCUGAAAAAGAAUACUGGAUAAGUGAAAAGAAGUUUGUUUUGAAUUUUCAAUCAGUUAAUAAAAAUGACAGUGGGCAGUAUCGUUGUGAAGCGAUUGUAAGAAAAAAUAAACUUACGAGUCAUGUUAUAGAAUUAAUUGUUCAAGAUCACAGUAACUCAUCAGUGUUUCUAAAUGGUACAAAUACUACAGAAGAUCAGAAACUACCUAAAAAGAACAAGAUGUUGAUUAUGAUUUCAUCCCUCGGUACUCUGUUCCUCAUUGUUGGCUGCUUUGGAGGGCUGUGUUUCACAAAGAGGCGUCAAGUAAAAAACACACAGAAAGUAAAAAAUCCAGAAAGUGGAAAUAACAGGAACACCCAACACUGCAAUGAUAGCACGACUCAUAUCUCAGAUGAGGGAGCCAUCUCUAAUGAAGAUUCCAUGCCUUGCUUGUUUCAAGUUCCCAAUGGGAAUCAAGACAAUUAUCAGACGGCAUCUAGAACUAGUCUAAGUUCCAUGAAGUUCAAUGAAGGUCUAACACGAUAUAAGGAAGACCCAAUUAUUUAUGCAACAUUAAGCCAUGGAGAACUUUUUCAGAGAAGCAAGCCCUCUGAAGAAACACAAUUUACAGAAUAUGCCAUCAUUAGACUGAAGAACUAAAGCUUCAAUGGCUGAAAGGAACCAGUGAUGGAGGCCACAUGCUUUCUCUGAUUACCAUCUGCUAAGAACAACUGGAGGAAAUGUCUACGUCCAGGCUUUAGGCUUCCAGAGAUAAAGUUGGCUAUACAAUAGCAACCAGGAUGCUGGCCUAGAUAAAUAUUUAAUCUAUUUAAUGAGCAUUUUUAUAUCUCUGAUGAUUAAUUAAAUC